AUGGGAUAUGAUUUCACAGACAGGCUGAAGCCUGCCGACCCCAGUGGUCCAGACACGCUGAGUCAAGAACGGGCAGGGUCAAAGAUUGAUGUCAAGUCACUAUCGACAUUUCUCCUAGGACCCGACUUCCUCCAAGCCCAAGAACAGGCCCUGUCCAUCUUGACCGACGACAAACUCUUCUCCAAGGCCGCACAGGCAAAUCUCUCGCGGCCCGAACGGUACAUGCUGGGUCUUGCGCGAGCCAAGAAGCUCCGUCGACUGGCCGAUCAACACAAAUGGACCGACGACACGUAUGAGAUUGUGAAAUAUCUGGUCGACGAUGUCUCUCCUUACACCCUCCACACCACCAUGUUUCGGCAGACCCUCCGCGAGCAAGCCAGUGACGCGCAACAAGCUUACUGGCUCCCUCGUCAUGGCCGAUGGGAGAUUAUUGGUGCGUACGCCCAGACCGAAAUGGGCCACGGAAGCAACGUUCGGGGAAUCGAGACGGAAGCACGAUGGGACCCUCGAACCAAAGAAUUUAUCCUGCACAGCCCGACGUUGACAGCCAGCAAGUGGUGGAACGGGAGCCUGGGCAGGACCGCAAACCAUGCCAUCGUCGUCGCACAGCUCAUGCUACCGACAGGAAGGACCACGUCGGGCUCUCCAGAGUAUCGUAAGGUCGGCGUCCAGCCGUUCAUCGUCCAAGUUCGGGACAUGAAAACCCAUCAACCCUUCGAAGGAAUUGUCAUCGGUGAUAUAGGCCCAAAGUAUGGCUAUGCACCCAUGGACAAUGCUUACAUGCUAUUCGAUCACUUCAGAAUCCCCCACAGUGCCAUGCUCUGUCGAUAUGCGACCUUGGAUCCCGAAACGGGGGUCUACAGCAAGCCCAAGAAUCCGGGUGUCGUCUACGGUUCGCUCACCGAGGCUCGCUCAAGAAUCGUCAUGCAUGCACGUUUAGUCCUUGCACGAGCGGUCACGGUCGCGGUGCGCUACACUUGCGUCCGACGCCAAUUCAAGGACGACGACGAUCUUCCCGGCACAAGGGGUUGUGAACGUUCUGUCCUGGACUAUUCGACCGUUCAGAUCCGCAUCUUCCCUCUUCUCGCCACCACCUUUGCGUUCCACUUCUCGGGCAAGAAGAUGAAGGAAGUUUUCACGUCCACGAGACAAGAGGUUGCAGAAGGCAACUUCGCCCGGUUGGCCGAAUUGCACAGCAUGUCCUCGGGCCUGAAGAGUCUCUGCACCGAUUUGGCCGCGAACGGCAUCGAGACGUGUCGACGGGCAUUGGGUGGCCACGGCUACGGCGGAUACUCCGGGUUGAAGCAAUUGAACGACGACUACCUGUCCAAGCCCACCGUCGAGGGAGACAAUUGGAUGAUCACCCAGCAGGUGGCCAAGUAUCUUCUCAAGGCGGCCAAAUCGGCCGUCGCGGCCGGCCCAAAACAACAGGCCAGUAGUACCGGGAUCGAAGCCACGCUGCGACGACAUUUCCGCGAUGCAAAGGACAGGGCCGCCCCCGAAUUCUUCGACAUCUUGGGAGACGACGAGGCCAUUGUCCGCGCAUUUGACCGGCGCACUGCUUUCUUGACGUUUGAGCUCUAUCACGCCCGAGAAGAACUGAAGAAGCCGUGGAACGACCUGCUCAUCCAAAUGCAUCGACUCUCCCAAGCUCAAUCGUACGCCAUCCUCGUGUCCAACUUCUACAACGGCCUCGGGUCGUUGGAUCGGGAUCUAGAUCUAGAUCCCGAAACCACCUCCGUCAUGCGUCUCCUCUACCGCCUAUUCGCCCUCUUCAGCGUCCAACAGGACGGCUUAGAAUUCCUUCGAUCCGGCGCCGUGUCGGCAGACGUCCUGGCCGUCCUCCCCACCAGGAUCCUGGAGCUCAUGCGACAGGUCCGACCCCACGCCGUGAGGCUCGUCGACGCUUGGGCCAUUCCAGACUAUCUCCUCGACAGUUCGCUCGGUCGGUAUGAUGGCAAAGUCUACGAAGACAUGUUCAAUCGCGCGCAUCGGUUGAAUCCGCUGAACCGGCUGACCUUCAACCCGGACUACAGGACGGAUGAGAUCGUGCUGGGGUCGGGCGAUGGGGGCGCCAUCCUGGCAAAGCUCUGA